AUGGAUGCCGGGCCUUCCAAACGAGCAUACGGCUCGGAGCCUCUGCAAGGACCCGACGAGGCAAAGCGCCCAAGACUUAUUCCAUCGUCGGAUACUCCACCAACGUCUCCAAUGACGGCUCAUGGAGUCAAUCCUUCACCCCACGGCGGGGUCUCAGAGGCCGACAUUGCAAGAGGGUUGCAAGAGCAGAUGCAGUUGAUACAGCAGCACGAAGAACUUUGUAUCCAAUGGGCUGCUGCUACGGGCAGGGUGCGUCAUGAUCCCGUGGAUUCGCCGCCUCGCCAUGCCUCCGGUGGGGGAAACUUGCCGAGCGUCCAUCUGGGCCAUCCUCCACUCAUCAACUUGCAAAUGGGCCGCAUUUGCGAGCGCAUGAUGAUGGAACGCCAGAACCGCUCACGUGACAGGGUCGACCAUCCGUACUCUGCGUAG